UUUCAAUUUAUAAAGAAUCGACAUUAUCGAAUUAACGUUUACAUUGGAAUUUUACUUUCUUUUAUCUAUAUCUUACAUAUUAAACUGUUGAACCUGUGAUAUGCUCGGCAUCUAUUGUGUGUAGAUACAUACAUGCACAUAAUUUUCACACUUAUACAAAUCGUGUGCAAUGUGCAUCCAUUUUGUGCGCACAUAUAAAUGCUAUCUUGAAAUAAAGCAUUUGAGUACACCAUAAAAUAUUUUAUAAUAUCCAACAGUCACCAGAAAUUAAAAUCAUUUAAAAACACGCUCUAACUAAAAUUUAUUAAAGAUAUAAAUUAUAACCGAGCAUCCCACGAAUACUGUUCAUCCUGUCUCAUGAUACAAUUUUAACGGUGCAUUUUGAUUCUUAUGAAAUAUUUACAUUCUUUGUUCUCGCAAUACUAUAAAUUAGUCGUUAUUUCUAUUGUAAUCGUAAGGUUAGAAGUUUGAAACUUUCACGGUAUAUUUGAGGUUAUCUAGGAUGCAACGCCAUAAUUCUGUCAUUUGCAUAACCACCAAAUUCAUUUUUAUUUUCCUGGUAGAUAUACCAACUGCGGAGUAAUGAAUUAAAUUCUUGUUUUGUACGUAAGGUUAUGUUAGCUCGAGCUGAUUCUUACCAUGAUUAUACACGUACAUAAUUUCAUUCUUAGUUAAUUUCAUAUCGUGUUUGAUAUUCGUGAUCGCGCGGUUUGUGCUCGAUUUGCGAUACGUUAAAUGUAUCGGGAACGUUGAAAAAGUUUUCGAUCGAAAUGGCAUUAAGCAAAAAGAGUCAGAAAUUGAAAUGUGCAAGUCAGGCAGAGAUUCUUCGAUCGCAUCAAAGAGACGAAGACUUCGUCAAACACAUGCGAGAGAAAGUUAUAGAUCUUCUGCAGAUCGUUGGACGAAGAACGGGUACCUUAUCCUUAGUUAACUCCGAUGUACCGUUUAAACUGAUUUACUUCUUUUUUACGUCGGGAAUGGGAAAUCAAACUCUAGGCGAAGAAUAUACUGGAAUAGUGCAAGCCAAUUUAGAAGCUCGCAAAGUUCCAUCGUUACUUGCAAGGGUACUAUCGGUGAUUUUAGAAUGCUUAGGAGAAAAGGCAUUGUUAAAAAUAUUAAAAAGGUUACAGGCGUCUGUUAAUCAUCCCCAUAGCGAAUUGACCCCUGUAGCUGUUACCUUUUUAAAUUCAUUUAUAUCAAAAAUGUCUACUAUGUUACCUAUUUUUAUACUGAUUCAUAAGGGAUUAUUUUAUAUGUACGGUCGCUAUUAUAGCCUAGGUAAAAGAUUAACAGGAAUCGAUUAUGCAAAGGUGUAUGGUCAUCAUCCAACUGAUGGUAUCAGUUGGGGAUUAAGGUUAUUGGGAAUUGCUACACUUGCAGAAUGUGUAUUAAAAAUUUGGCAGAACACGUAUAAUGAUAACCGUAACGAUAACUACCAAUCAUUAAAUGAGAAGUACACUAGAUCAAUGUGCCAGUUGUGUCUUGAAAGAGUGCCAACGACUACCACACCUUGCGGUCAUUUGUUUUGUUGGUACUGUCUUGCAGAUUGGCUAAGCACUAAACCGCAAUGUCCUCUAUGCAGAGAACAUGUUAUACCUUCCAGAAUUGUACAUGUGAUGAAUUUGUAAUUUUUUAGAUAUUUAAAACGU